ACCACGAAAACAACACCUUGAAACGUACAUAUAAUUCUUACAAAGACACUCGUCAUUCGCAAAAAUCGCACCACGUACGAUGAAUUCUACGCGAAAAUUCUCCACCAUUCUCAUCUCCAUACAGAUCUUCUAUUUACUUCAUCUUCUCUCCGCCAUUCACGCCAAAAAUGAGGGUACAGAUAACGUUAAAGUUAAAGGCCGGAAACUGCAAAAUUUGCCUCUGGUUCUCAUGCAGACGGAAAAUUCCGACGAAUAUUCGUUUCCUCGUUGUUUCAGACGAUAUUCCCAAGGUAAAAGUGAAAUUGUAGACUUCUCAACGAACAGUCAAAACCAACAGGUGGUGUACUUUUGUCCUAAAACGAACGCUAAAAAUGAAAAAUACCUGGAUCCGACUGAUGGUAAAGAUUAUUACUGUGAUGAGCCACCUGAGCCUGAGAUUCGUCUAGCGGCCACAAAUGGCUGCGGUAAAGAGCGUGAUUUGUAUAGUUAUGGAUAUAAAUUGUUUGAAACUCCAAUUAAUGACCAAAAUGUUUCAAAAACCUGGAAAGAGAUGUACUCAUUUUGCUACGAUAAGGUAAACAAAGAGGCUGCCUACCUCAGUUACCGUAUACGUUCACCGAAUUUAUUCGGCAAUCAGCAAUUACAACGAGAAAGUUCUUAUUACGAGAACGAAUACAGAUUGGGAAACAUUGAAGAUCUCACUCUCAAAGCAUACUUGGCCACCAUAAUGAAAUACAUCGAUAGAAAAAAUAAAAUCCCUGAUUUCGUAACAAUGGAACUCGCUCACCCUGCUGACAUGGUAUUUCCCACUUGGAAAAAGCCCUUGUAUCACGCCAUCAAUCAAGGUCUAUUAAUACCGGAGCUAAAAAAACAAUGGAGAAAAAUUGGAAGACAUUUGAGAGAUUUAGCUCAAAAGAAACUUGGAGAAAUCGAUAUCAUAACUGGAACCUUUCCAUAUCCAGGCGUCAACGGACCACUCUUUGGUACAUGGUGGAAACUGGUUAUUUAUAAAAAUCGAGCUAUCGCCAUAAUCUUGCAUAAUCGUUUCAUUCCACGUGCCCAAAAAGAGAAAAAACCCAAACGCAAGAACAAACGUAACAAAAAAGGCAAAAAAGGUAAAAAAGGUAAAAAGGUUGACGCCGAAAAUCAAGUCAGCGGUAUAAAUAACGAAAUGAUUGAAAAUAAAAUCAACGCCGAAGAAAAAACCCCAACAGGGAAAGCUUCCACAACGACAACCAAUGAUCUCGAUAUUAAACCAACUCAAAGUGAUACCGAAGUAGCCAUCAAAUCUCCUAAAAAUAUUGCAAAUAUUAAUGGCAGUAAUCUUCCCAGCAGUAACACCAAUUUCAACAAAGACCCCCUUAAAAUUAGGACAGAUGCGAAUUCUAAUCCUCUCACAGAUGCUACCAAUACUAUUGGGAAAUCUUCCCCUGGAAAUAAAAUCAAUUCCGGAGGAAAAAAAUCAAAAGGGCAAGCUUCCAUAAAGACAACCAAUGAUAUCGAUAUUAAACCAACUCAAAGUAAUACCGAAUUAGUCGUUGACUCUUCUAAAAACAAUGCAAAUGUCAAUGGCAUCAAUCUUGCCGGAAAUGACCUUAAUUUAAAUGGAGAACCUCUUGAAAUUGGGACAGAUGUGAAUGGCAAUCCUGCUACUGGCGAAUCUCCCCCCAAGUAUGAAACGUUAUGCAAAGACAUUUGUCACGAAAUGGGAUUCCAUCAUUUGGGUAAUAUAGAACUCGAAGUCCAUGCAUAUUGCUGCGCUCCAGAGAUCAUCACUAAGCAACUGGGUCUACCAGAUUACGAAUUACUCAAUUUGAAUGCGGUUUUAGAAAAUGAUGCAUCCGUGCUGAACGACGAGUGCCCGAAAGAUCCCAUAAAACCGUUGAAAUCUGACGAUGAAAAAACGUUUGCAAAUUUAAAUACAGCUCCAAAGUCUUAAACGUAAAGAAAGGGUGAAUUCUGCGAAACGAAUAGAAUACGAGAAAAUUUCAUUGUAGUUUAUUAGCUUAAAUAUUAAUAAUGUUAAGUACAUACAUAUUUUAUCGCACUUUCUCUACCUUCUACCUCAGUUUAUUUUUAUCAAUUUUGUAGAUAAUUAGAUCAUUUUUUUAAGAAUUAAUUAUAUUCGUAAAAUAUUUUAAGCAAUCGUAAGUAAGUCUUUGAAAAGUGAACCAAUAGGUAAAUAAAUUCUACGUAAA